AUGGCACAAAUAUACUGGCCCAACACUGCAUUCAGCGGGCCAUGGGAAAAGAACAUAUACGCACCGGCAUCACGAACAGUACGACCAGCCUCAACCUUAUCAGAAUUGAAAGCGAACGCUGUUACAGACUCCUCGCAUCCAUACAAAGCGGCAUUACACGGCAACGGAUCAAUUAUCGUAUUUGUCUUCGGUAUUGAAGUUGGCGGCAUUGUUCAUCUAGACUACACCUCCACCGGCAGUGGAGCUCUAGGACUGGCGUUUACAGAAGCCAAAAACUGGAUUGGAGAGCAGUCAGACUCGUCGAGCGCUCUAUAUCAUGAUGGCGCGUUGUACGCAAAUAUUUCAUCAACCGGAAAGGGGGCAUAUGUCAUGCCAGACGAGUACCUGCGUGCCACUUGGUCGAACCUCCGAGCUUAUCAGGGGUAUUUUCACUGCAGUGAUAAGCUUUUGAAUCGUAUCUGGUAUAGCAGUGCAUAUACUCUGCAAACGAAUGAGGUCCCUGUAGAUACUGGCCGGGUUACCAAGGGUGUCACAUCUGGGUGGCUCAACAAUGGGACUCUCGGGCCGGGAGACACGAUUAUUGUUGAUGGUGCAAAGCGAGAUCGUGAGGUUUGGCCCGGUGAUAAGGGAAUUGCCGUUCCUUCCGCGUUUGUGAGUCUGGGAGACUUGGAAAGUGUAAAGAACGCUUUGCAGAUCAUGUAUAACACCCAGCUCCGGCGAUUACAGAACAAGACAACAGGCGCAUUUGAUGAGUCUGGACCUCCAUUAAGUCAAAAGGACUCAGACACAUAUCAUAUGUGGUCUAUGAUUGGCACCUACAAAUAUGUGCUUCAUACCAAUGACACCGACUUCUUGUUGGAGAACUGGGCCAGUUAUAAGCACGCCAUGGGAGAUAUAUAUGGAAAGGUAACUUACUCCAGCGGGCUUUUGAAUGUAACAGGCACCCGAGACUGGGCGAGAUGGCAGCAAGGCUAUAAUAACUCGGAAGCCCAGAUGAAUUAUGAGCAUCUCUUUCUUUGUAGGCUGGAGACUCAACCAAUCUAUACAGCAGAUGGAGCUCCCAGGCCGCCAAUCUCAAGAAAGCAAUCAACACCUACUUACUGCUGGGACGAGUCGUACGGCGCAUUUAAGGACAACGCAACCAAUACCUCUCUGCAUCCACAAGAUGCUAACAGCAUGGCAAUUAUGUUUGGUGUUGUAAACGAAGAACGCACAGCCAGUAUUUCCGAGAAGCUUCUCAAGAACUGGACGCCUAUAGGGGCUGUAGCUCCUGAGUUGCGAGAGAACAUUGCCUUGUUCAUAUCCUCUUUCGAGAUCCAAAGUCACUUCAUUGCCCACGAGCCUGCACGUGCACUGUAUCUCAUUCGUCGCGGCUGGGGUUGGUAUAUCAAUACCCGAAUGGUACAGAGAGCACCGUGA